AUGCUUGCUGGGAGAUACCGACUUCACUGGUUUGCUGUCAAUCAGUGGAUUCACCUCCUCCAGCGGCUAUUUGGAAACCAUGAGGAAGUGCCACAGCGCUCCAGCUUGCUCGCUUUACUCGCGUCGCUUACGGCAAAGCUGAAAAAUUAUACCUUUAGAGGCGAGGCUAAUGCCGAGGAUGAUUUAUUUGCGGUCUUUGGGUCGGAAAGUCCAGAAAUUUCGCAGAUGAUCGGUUGUGUUGUGGAGUUUCGUCGGAACGUAAUACACGCUGACUGGAACUUCAGAAAUGGUCCAGAAUGGAUCAAUUUGGAUCCCUUGGUUAUCUCGCACAUUUCUCUCCGCCUAUUCCAAUUGCUCGACAAAACGCUGUGUAACGAAGCAACAAAACCAGCGAUGACCUACGACUACACCUCGCUGCAGAGGCAUUAUGGGACGGGGCUAUUCAGAUGCAUAUUUCCUCAGUGCAAUUUCAACCGGCAUGGCUUUGCCACGGGCGAAUCCCGCGACAGGCACAUCGAUCAACACACGCAACCUUGGAGUUGCCCUCGGCCGUCUUGUGAAUUUGCCCCCGGGUUUGCAACAAAGCAGGCCUUAAGCCAUCACUCAUUGAAAUGGCACGGUAACCCUGUUUCUAAUAGUUCAUCGAGUCUAUCUGCAGAUCAGCUCUCUGAGACUGAUGUCGAUGGCCUGGCCGCUGAGCUAAUCAGAGCUGGUGACGUCGAGGGAUUAAAAACACUACUGCAACACCUGAAACAAGGCCAUCGGAUCAGCUCUGCAGUCUUAGUUGUCGCCGCGAGGAUGGGUUCUUUGCCGAUGGUCACAAUACUGACCCAGUUCUCCGACUCAUAUAGAAGAGGUUUGGGUUUCGAGAAUCAUUUAUACGAGGCUGUCCUGGGGAGUGAAAAUGUAGACCUCUUCCGAUGGCUUCUGAAUGGAGUAGGCAAGCAAACAGAUGUUCAAUACUAUUGGACUUUGGCAGCGCUUGUCACAGAAACCAAAUCACCCGAUAUUUACGCUGAGUGGGAGGACUUCAUCAUAAGUCCGAUGCGAGUUCUCGGAACCUUCACACCCGGUACUGGUGCUUUCCAAAUUUACAGCCAUAGACGGCUUCAAAGAAAGCCCUGUAAGCUGAUUCCACAGCACAACAAGCGCUCGGUAAUCUUUUCCCAGGCGGCUCUUCAAGCCGCAGGGAAGAAUGCCAUGUUUGAGGCCCGCCUCAUUCACACCUGGCAUCGCCUAAUCGACAGCCUUGGCGGCAAGCCUCUCGAUCCGCAGUUCCUGGGUUGGUCGUUGACAGACCUAGCCCGUUGUUCCAAACCAUCCAUAACCUUAGCGGCCGAGUUGUUAAGGUUAGGAGCUCCUGUUAACUUUCCUCGGGAAGUUGAAAUCACUAUUCCUAACUCAGACCCCCAAUUCGACAACAAAGCUGGGCCAAGUAAAUCACAACACCAGGACGUACACAUCGGUCGGAAACAGCACAAGGGAAUAACGGCUCUCCAUUAUGCAUCACGGGGAACCUCAGAGCAGGCGGCGCAGCUUGUGCGGCUUUUGCUUCAAAAUGGAGCCAAUCCAAGCUACGGUUUCGGUGGCGUGAAGCCGGAACAAGAACCCGGGUCGAGGCUGAUCAAGAAAUGGUUGGGCGAAACGUGGGAAGAGCUCGUGAUGAGGACAUCGGAUGUAAAAGUCGGGAAUAAUGACGAGACUGGCGUGAAACAGAGAGGCCAAGAAAAUCGAGAAAGUGUGGAGGAAUCAUCCAAGGUGGAAAAUGGUAGUUGCCCAGGUAAAAGGCGGCAAGAGUAUGCGAGGGAAAGUGAAGAUGCGGAUGGUGUAGUCUUGCAGCUCAAAAGACCGAGGAAAACGCCAACCGAAGCCGACUAA